AUGAAAGUAUUAGAAGCAGCCACCUUUCUCCGCCCAACGCCACCCUUCGACAGGCUGUUUCCGGCCAAAUCGCCCCGCCAUCCCCAACGGAGAUUUGUGCCCAUUAGAGCGAAAAGAGGAGUCGACGGUGGAGACUUAUACGGUGGAGAUCGGCCGGUGGAUGAGGGCAUGAUCGUCCUUCGGAUGCGAAUUCGGGAGUUGAAGUUGUCGGAGAUGAGCCACGUGUUGCCUUCGGAUUGGAUGGAGUGGGAGAAGAAAUAUUAUGAGAAUUACAACGAGGAUGUUUGUGAAGCAAUGGGGUGGCUGCAAUCGGUCUUGAUGAAUACAAGGCCGUCUUUGGCUAUGGGAAUGGUUGCACUUGUUGCUUUGAGUUUACCCUUUUCUAGUUUUGUUUUCAUACUCCAUGCUAUAGAGGUGGCUAAGGGGUUUGUAUCUAUGUUUCUCCCAACUAUGUGA